AUGCCUCCUACGGUGCAAUGGACUACUGUGCGUGCGGUGCACGAAAUGCCGUCGUAUUCGGUCUUCACCGGCAGCGACAUAGAAAAGGGAGAUCUCGACGAUAGAGAUUACAGGCUCAUGCGACUUGAGAACGGGUUACACGUAAUACUAGUACACGAUGCGUCUUCGGACAAAGCAGCUGCUUCCUUGACCGUCCAAGUCGGUGCAAUGCAUGACCCGGAAAGCUGGCCUGGGUCCCAUGGGGCAGACAACGCCCAGGGAAUGGCUCACUUCUGUGAACACAUGAUUUCAAAGGGCUCAGAAGUGUUCCGCGAGGAGAACGAUUUCCUAUCUUUCAUCUCAACCAAUGGUGGAAUCCGCAACGCCGCGACUGCUCCGUCGCACACCUACUACUGGUUCUCGGUUGGUUCGGCGUUUCUAGCCGGUGGUCUCGCACGCACUGCGACUUUCUUUCACUCUCCACUCUUCACCGAGUCUCUCACAAAGAGAGAGAUCAACGCAGUAGACUCAGAAUACCGAAGAAACGUACAAAACGAUACACGGCGGGUUUACCACAUUACGAAAAUCCUUAGCUUGCCUGGUCAUCCAUACGCACAUUUUAGCACAGGUAAUGUCGACAGCAUAACAGAAAGAGCGAGAGCUUCCCGUCACACUAGUAACAACACAACUGGGGAGUCCACCGACGACACUCGAAUAUGGAAAGAGACUCGCAGGGAACUCGUUGGAUGGUGGGAACAACACUAUUGCGCAGGCCGCAUGACUCUUGCUGUGCUCGGAAGAGAGUCGCUGGACGAAUUGGCAAGAAUGGUUGUUCCGCUCUUUUCUCUGAUUCAAAACAGGGGAUUGGAACCACGGCCCAUGAUCAUACAGCCCUUAUGGGGCUCAUCAGAAAUGGGGUCCAUCAUUUUUAUCAAGACCGUCAAGGAUUACUACGGGUUUUCUCUCACAUUCCUCAUCCCUGAUCAGCGCCCGCACUACAAGGUCCAACCUGCUGCAGUAGUCACUCAUUUUCUCGGACACGAAGGGCCCGGAAGUGUCUGCGCAUACUUGAAACGCAAAGCAUGGAUCUUUAGCCUUACCGCUUCUCUAAACAGCCGAAACUCUAGCGUGCAGUACCUGAAGGUGGAAGGGAGACUGACUAAGGAUGGAUACGCGCACUAUGGAGACGUACUCCUUGCAAUCUACGGCUAUUUAAAUAUGCUUCGCUCCUCGCCUCUCGACGAAUACCACUUCAAGGAGAUCAGUUCCAUGUCGAAGAUCAGGUUUCGCUUCCAGGAGAAGAGCCAACCUCACACAUACGUGAAUUGGCUGUCAUACCAAUUGUCAGAGGAGUAUCCGCCUGAGUUGAUUCUGAGCGGGGAUUCCAUAAUACGCGAGUGGGAUGAAGUAUUAGUGCGCAAGACGCUGGAAGUGCUGAGGCCCGAGAACGGCCGCGUGACGCUGGAGGCCCGCGAACAUGCCGAGGAAAUCAUUGGCAAAGACGCGCAGUGGUGUACAGAGAAAUGGUAUGGCACGCGGUACUGCGUCCAGAGAAUUGAUUCUUCUCUGAUGGAUAAGGCUCAACAACCGAAUGAGAAUCUGGAACUGUUCUUGCCGCGUCCGAAUCCGUACGUCCCCGCGGACCUCAAUGUCGAGAGGAAAGAUGUAUCAGAGCCUGCGAAGAUGCCCGUGUGUAUUCAUCGCACGAAUAUCUCCACAUUGUGGCAUAAACGAGACGAUCAAUUCUGGGUACCCAAGGCAUUUGUUAGGGUUGCCAUCAAAAGCCCUCUAGCUUAUGCAACUCCAAGGAGUGCAGUCAUGUCUCGGCUCAUUGCGGACCUCGUUGAAGAUGCCCUAUCCGAAGUUGCUUACGACGCCGAGCUCGCUGGUUUAGCAUACUCAGUCUCCAAUAACCGGAAGGGUUUUCUAAUAUCUGCAAGCGGAUUUAACGAUAAGCUGCCUGCGCUACUUAUGACAGUGUUGCAUACGUUGAAGGACUUGGCAGUAGACCCGGUGAGGCUGAAAGUGGUUGCGGAACAGGUAGAACGCGGAUAUCGGAACUUCUACUUGGGACAGCCGUCGAAUUUAUCCGAGGAAUUCGCCGCAUGGUCGUUGAUGCCUACGGUAUGGACACCAAUGGACAGGCUUGAUGAGCUGAGAUUCAUACGGGCAGAGGAGGUGCAGUUCUACAAGGAUGAACUGAUGGCUAAGGUGCAGAUAGAGAUGUUGGUGAACGGGAACUACUCUCAGCAGCAAGUGACGGGCAUUAUGAAGCGCGUGGAAGAGUGCAUCUCACCUCGCCCCCUUCUACCGAUGGAGCUCUCCCAAGAGCGAUCACUCAUAUUACCUGAGGGUUCGAAUUUCGUUCUACGCAAAGUGCACAGCAAUCUACAGGAGGAAAACAGUAGCCUUUCUUACUAUUGUCAAUUCGGCGAAGUUGGCGGCGAUGCGCUUCGCCCUGUCCUUCUGUUCAUUGCACACAUCAUCAAGGAACCCACGCAUUCUCAGCUGAGAACCCGUGAACAAUUGGGGUACGUCGUGGCCAGCUCCUCCUGGACCGUCGCCAGUUCGAUGGGCCUUGGGAUCAAAGUCCAGAGCACCCGAGCGCCGUGGGAUGUCGAGGAACGUGUGAACUCAUUCCUUGACAGUUAUCGUGAUGUUUUAGCUGGAAUGUCACCAAACGAAUUCGAGUUGCAGAAAGAGGGACUUGUCGUGAAAAUGAUGGAGAAAGUCAAGAAUCUUGCCGAAGAGACAAGCCGUUUUUGGAACCACAUUAGUUCGGGAUAUUAUGAUUUCUUACGACACGAGAAAGAUGCCAAUGCUGUCCGUGUGUUACGGAUUGAUGACGUGCUGGCGGCUUAUGACCAGUUCAUCCGACCGUCAACGGAUCCGUGUACAAGAAAGAAGCUAUCGGUACAUCUCCUUUCUGAACAGUUGAAGUCCGAAGAGCCCCAAAUCUCUCCGAAGGUUUCGCUUCUUACGGACAGUGCGUUAUGGACGUUCAAGGCCAAGUUGACAUGCUAUCCCGCGGCCGUUCCUGUCGGGUUGCAGCUGGAUUCUGAUGGCGUGCCGAUGCGGGAGAAGGCCAUGCUGUAGAUCCCGUAGUUAUGGUGUUCUUUGUCACGCUUAAUCCUGGGCUGCGUCGGGCGUCUGCGGAGUUUGAAUGGAACAAAGCGCGGUGAUGCGCGCCUGUGCGAUUACUUUGCUCCCGCC